AUGCGCUUCUUUGCUUCAGCAGUAGUCGUCGGCGCAUGUGCCGCUGGUCAUUCCAAACUUGAUCAGAUUACGCCACUCUCCAUCUCCAUGUCAGAUCACGGCACAAAACAGUUCCUAUUCUACAUCGAUUCUCAGUCCCCUGAUAUUACAUUCAACGACGGCCUCAAACCUAACCGCGGCCGUCAUCUCCUAGACGACUUUGAGACAGGGUUAGUAUCGCGUACACGACGUGAUACUACCGCUAUCCAUCAUGCUACUAGUAAUAAUGGAAGCGUAAAUGAGCAGCCUCGUUACAUAUACGUUCUUUCACUCGAAGGCAGUAAUCACACUGCGUCCUACGGUGCCAAAACGCAUACCGGUAGUACCGAGACGUUUGUACCAGCAAUCAACGGCAGCGUCAAACCAGAAACAAUUGUCGGCGCCUACCCAUUUGGCAAUUUACAUGGUGGACGGCAUGUAAUACGGGAGUGGAUCGCCAAUCCAAAAUACGAGCAUAUAAAUACGAGCCCCUAUAUCGCACAAGGCAAUUCGUGUUUAGCUAGGGCUUGCCCAGGCGCGAGACACUUGGCCUCCAAAACAUGUCAUAGCAUUGUCUCCUGCUUAAUCAUAGGGGGGAAGAAACUGCAAGCCAGAGGAAAUUCACAGGGGCUUCAAUGUCGCCUGGGAGCAGUGAAUAACCUCUGCGCCCUCGGGGAAGCACUUGACCCUGUAGUUGAGACGCCAAGUACGCUUAAGGAGACCAGUAUAGGCGAGGUGGCUGACAUUGCCGAGAAAGUGUCACAAGACGAGUUUGCCAAGCUCGUCAAAAAAUUCAAGCUAACUCGAGUCGUUGAGAGGUGGUUAAUGUCCAUUCCAGACGCGCGAAAACGAUUGCUCAACUACAAGCCUCUCGGCCCCAAGUCGCCAAAGCUACGUGCUGGAUCUGGUGGUACAGCAGGAUCUCUGGCCAUCGGAGCCAUUGGAGCUGCCGCGUGGGUUGGCGGAGUAGUUGCAGCCUUUGUCCGUGACGCAAGUGCCUUGGACCGGGCAGCCGCCGUAACAUCUAUCAUCCCUCUUGCAGGCUGUAUCACCGGGUUGGCAGCCGAAGAAAACAAAGGCGAGAUUUCCGCCUCUGCUGGAGUUGACUCGACCAUGUGCUUCCUCGGAGAUGCCUUGAUUCUGGGUGGCCUCGCCCCUAUUGGUGUUGUGGUUCACUUGGCUAGACUUCUAGUACAGACCUUUACGCCUCCUCCGAAACCGCCAACCAAGGAGGAGAUGCAAAGCCUUCGUGAUACGCAGUGGCAAGGUUUCACGAAGAAUAGCUUGUAUACCUACAUCUACUCGCACGCCUACCUGUACCCAAGUGGGAGCUUCGCUAAUAAGCUAGAAAAUGCCCUUGCUAUUGAGGCCAUGAUGGUUAUAUCAGAGGGUGCUCAAUCAAUAGGGGCCCUCAAUGCGAGUAGUCGGGUGCCGGACUCGAAUUCGGAUCAAGAACUACUCCAAGGCAACUCCCAAGAGGCUGCUGAAAAGAUUCGAGAGGCGAUAUCGGUUGAAAUCACGGGCAGGCAGCAGAGGUUUUUACUUGGUCUCCCGGCCGUCCUUCGGAGCAACUCGACCGCCUUGCUGAAGACGACUGCUGAGCAGUUUAAUGACAAUUUUAUCAAAAAGGUUACUUCUAGAGAGACAGUUGACAGGUAUAGAAGUUUCCAAGAAAAUCCUUCACCAGGUGGAAGAUUACCAGGAAGAUCGAGGCAACAGUUUCUCGUCAAGCUGAUGGAUGGCAUUGGAAAACAUCUGCGGGAGACACCCCUACCAAUGCCAGACCUUAUUGAGGUUGCCUUUAUCCUAGGGCAGUCCAAGGGGUUAACAAACAUUGACCCCUUGGUAUUGUCUCCGCGAGAAUACAUGAAGCAGCUAGCGAAUACAGCAUCGGAGGAGGAUAUUAACCGAGUCACUAUUCAACAUGCCUUUGGCGUCUUGCACCUGAUUCAAGGUAAAAUUAAGCAACAUGAGCUUCCUACUAUAUUUCCCGUUCAAGACAGUCAAAGUCGCCAAGGGCUUCAAGUUCUUCUCGCUAUGCAGAUAGGAAAAGCCUAUGAAGAAGCAAAGAUCAAGAGGGCUGAUAAAUUCAAGGGAGAGUAUCUUCCCGACUCGGAUCGCAAGGUUCUUAUACAUCCGUUGACGAUUCCUCUCGAAGAACAUCCUGAUGCGCCUCUUCUUAUUGGACUUGUUCUUGGGAUUUCCAAGGACCUUGUUGAGGCUAGCCUUGCGGAAUCUAGCAGUUAG